AUGUUUCGACUUUUCAGCCAGGCAAAGCGUUGCUUGCAGGUGAAGCAGGGACUGCAGAGGUCCCUUUGCCCAGUCCAUUUUCCUGCAGCUGUGCAGCAAAACAGGUUCUCUACAACUUCUCACCCCGCCCAGGCCCAGACCAGCUCCUUAUGGCCCAAGGACGUGGGCAUCCUUGCUCUCGAGGUGUACUUCCCUUCCCAGUACGUGGACCAGGUUGAGCUGGAGAAAUACGAUGGCGUCGAGGCAGGGAAGUACACCAUCGGCCUGGGCCAGAAGCAGAUGGGUUUCUGCGCCGCCCACGAGGACAUCAACUCCCUGUGCCUGACCGUGGUGCACCGCCUGGUGGAGCGGAGCCGCAUUUCCUGGGACUCCAUUGGCCGGCUGGAGGUGGGCACCGAGACCAUCAUUGACAAAUCCAAAGCUGUCAAGACUGUCCUGAUGCAGCUGUUUGAGGACUCUGGGAACACAGACGUGGAGGGCAUCGACACCACCAACGCCUGCUACGGAGGCACAGCUUCCCUCUUCAAUGCAGCGGACUGGGUGGAAUCCAGCUCCUGGGAUGGACGCUAUGCCUUGGUGGUCUGUGGGGACAUCGCUGUCUACGCUACUGGGAAUGCCCGGCCAACAGGUGGAGCAGGAGCUGUAGCUAUGCUGGUUGGACCAGAUGCCCCUCUGGCUUUGGAGAGAGGUCUCCGGGGAACCCACAUGGAACACGUCUAUGAUUUCUACAAGCCAGACUUGGCUUCGGAAUAUCCCAUGGUGGACGGGCAGCUCUCCAUCCAGUGUUAUUUCCGAGCUCUGGAUCGAUGCUACGCUACAUACCGCAAGAAGAUUGAAAGCCAGUGGCAGAAAGCUGGUAUUAACAAACGCUGCACUCUCGAAGACUUCCAGUUCAUGAUCUUCCACACACCCUUCUGUAAGCUGGUGCAGAAAUCCCUGGCGCGGGUUGUGCUCAACGAUUUCCUGGCCUCUUCCAGUCCUGAUGUUGAGAGUGGAAUCUACAAAGGGCUGCAGGAUUUCAGGAAUGUGAAAUUAGAAGAAACUUACUCCAGCAAGGAGGUGGACAAGGCUUUCCAGAAGGCCAGCCAAGAGCUGUUCAAGCAGAAGACCCAACCUUCCCUCUUCCUCUCUGCUCGCAAUGGAAACAUGUACACACCGUCAGUGUACGGCUGCCUCGCAUCUCUCCUCGCGCAGUACUCUGCUGAGCAGCUGGCUGGUUCCAGAAUUGGGGUCUUCUCCUAUGGUUCAGGCCUGGCAGCCAGCAUGUUCUCCCUAAAGGCGUCUGAGAAUUCUGCUCCAGGCUCCCCCCUGGAAAAGUUGGUCUCCAGCCUUUCUGAUCUGGGGGCUCGGUUAGACUCCCGCAAAUGUGUUCCACCAGAGAAAUUUGCCGAGAUGAUGAAGAUCAGAGAGGAAACUCAUCAUUUGGUGGACCACACUCCCCAUGGGUUGAGCAGUGACCUGUUUCCAGGGACCUGGUACUUGGAACGAGUGGAUGAGAAGAACCGCCGGAAGUAUGCUUGGAGAACACUGUAG